AUGUCCAUUCAGAAGUCUAAUGACAUGACCUGUCGUUUUAAUGUUCCUACAGGAAUUGGACUAGGUUUUUUAAGACAUUGGUUUUCUGGUGGGGUUUGUAAGAGUAAAACACGACUGGAUGGAAAAACAGUGAUCGUUACUGGCGCUAAUAUUGGGAUUGGAAAGGAGACUGCCAAAGACCUUGCUCAGAGAGGGGCUCGUGUGAUAUUAGCUUGCCGUGAUUUGGAAAAAGCCGGAAAGGCAGCUAAAGAGAUCAGAAAAGCAAGUGGGAAUGGAAAUGUCGUAGUGCAGAAACUGGAUUUGGCAUCACUUCAGUCCGUGCGUUCCUUUGCAAACAAAAUUACAGAAACUGAAACACGCCUGGACAUUCUCAUUAAUAAUGCAGGUAAGAGCAGUUUAAGAUGCUGGAAAAAGAAGAAAAAUAAUCUGAUUCAUACCAAAUCUUAUAAUCUUCUCGGCUUUCAAAAUUAUUUUCAAUUUUCAUUUUGGCAAAUGCAAAGUAUUAUAGACUCAAUCAUUUUCAGCUGCUUCAUCAAUGACCAUCCCUCCUUCACAAGGUCACGAGUGGGGAUUUUUGUUGAUGAUUGCACAAUGUUUAGCACUAUUCACAUCGCUUUGGAUACUGGAGAGGCCUAUAUCCAAAUGAGAAAGACCUGGUCUGUAAAUGGGUUACUGAUUGUUCUAAUCCUUUUCUCAAAUACAGGGAAAAUUAAUUUUGAUGACAUUAAUUUGGACAAUUGUUAUGAUCCUGCUGUUAGUUAUGAGCAGAGCAAGCUGGCCAAUGUACUGUUCACCAGAGAACUUGCAAAGAAAUUAAAAGACACAGGAGUAACUGCCAAUUGUCUCCACCCGGGAGUAAUACAGACAGAGUUAAUACGUCACCUGUACCCUACUCUGUCAAUCUGGUUGAAGAUUCUCCUGGUGCCUUUAUCCAUUCUGACCUUUAAGAGUGUACAGCAGGGAGCUCAAACAAGCAUCUAUUGUGCAGUUUCUGAGGAACUGGACAACGUUAGUGGUCUGUAUUUCAGUGAUUGUGCUGUUAAAGCAACUGCCCCUCAAGGCAGAGAUGAUGACGCUGCAAAGAGACUUUGGGAACUCAGUGAAAAAAUGGUGGGUCUCGAGUCUGAAGGACAACGGCUUCAUGUUCCUGAAUCCUGAGAUGUUAAUCCAUUUGUCUUUAUUCUAUAUUCCUGAUUGAAACAUCUUAUCUCCAGGGUGUGUUGUGUUUCUAGCUACCUUACUAUGUAAUAUUAGCAGUUCUGAGGGAAAUUUAUUAUCAUGGUUCUAGGAUGUUCUUGCCUUGGUUUGUGCAGAGAUUUUGAAGUUUGGAUAGAGCCAGUGUAAUCGUAGUAUCUUUCAAGACAUUAAAAUUCAAUAAAUUUCAAGAAGUCUCAUAACCGUUACUGAUUUCAAACAUGCAGCUUGUAGGGAGAGGAAAUGCAAAGCUCAAUCUUUCACAGGCAUGGUCACUGGCUUUUGCUUCACUUGGAAGGGAUCAGUGUCACCCCAACAUACAAUUUCAAAAGUUAGCUAAAAACUCGUGAGGAAAAUAGAAUGACUUAUUUGAUUAGUGUAAUGGCCUGGGUAUUGGGAAGCAAGAGAUGACUGUAAUGUGUGAAAAUUAUAUAAUGUGUCCAGUGAAAUAUUUUACUGUUAUUCCAACCUUGUCAACUUUCUAAUUAUAAUUAUAGAUGCAAGAAUUUAUAAUGGAAAUUUGUCACACUACAAGGCAAGAGCAAAUGAUCACAAUGUGCUGAAGUAUUUCUCAAUCUGGAUAUGAGAAUAACAGCAUAGGACUCUGUAAAAUGAGAACUGUAAUGCAUCUGUACUUCCUUAUCCAAAACACUUCAGUGACUGAGUUUUGGGAUAGUGAGAUAGUGACAAGCAAUAUGCAAAUACAGAUCUUCCUUGCUUUUAUUCAAAAACUGAACUUUAUAUUUUUAAUGUAAUUUUCCAGAAGAUUAAGCUGGUAUUUGGAGGGGAGAAAGAACUCAAAUUCUUAUCUGAAAAAUAGGAAAUAUUCCUUUUGCCAGAUCUCCUGUGCUAGAGCAAACAAUGGUCUGAGUAAGUGAGUUUAUAAAUCUUAAGCCUCUUCUGCAAUAAUGCAUAAUUAUCUACCAACCCUAAAUCCACUAAUGUGGGCUGUUUAGGAAAUUGGGUUUGCACAUUCUUAGCCUUGUCUCUGCUGGAUUGACAAUUGACAUACUAUUUUCAAAUUGAAUAUGAAUUUGCUUCACUACAGUGUGAAGGAGGGGUUUAACCUGCAAUCCAAAACUUGUUCUUCAUUUUUCAGAACUUGUAUGUUCAAAAAUAAUGUUAAUUAAUUUUUCUGAUUUCAUAAAGUGACUCUGAUUAGAAUUAGGAAUUCUAUCUUUAAUCUUGGUCUUGUUAAUGCAAUACAUAGGUCACCAUAAGUCUCUAAACAAGAAUAAAAUAAUUCUUUGAUCAUAAUUAUGAAUUACCUGUACUUGUUGGAUGUUGGAGUAUUUGUGUGCAGAGUUUAAAAAUGUCACAUUCUGUCCUCUGCAAUGUAUAGUAAUAGCUCUGUUUUAACAUAUGAAUUUCACACACAAAACCUUUAAAGUAUAUUAUGCCCUGUAAUGAAUUUGUUUUUUAAAAUUGUUCAGUGAGUGUUGAGACUGAAGAAUCUACCUGUAGUGUUUAUAAAGCACAGGAGGUGGUUUGUAUUCAUUUGGAGGUGGGAGCAGCGUCCAGUAUCAUUCCCCCUCUGUCAUUGACCAUUGUGAGUGUAACUGUUUUUAUCUUUCACGUGUAUCAGACUUGUAUCUCUGUACUUAUGAGCCAUCCUUCUCACUCAGUGCAUUUAAUCUGUAAUUUGCCCUGGCCCUUAUUAGUACUAUUUGCUAGAUAGAGUUGGCUAUUUAUCUAUCUAGUGUCCAUAAAAGAAUUAAAGGCUUUGUGUAAGUUGUAUAAUUCUCUUCAAGAAAACUGUCAUCUCUUGCUGUAUGAACUCUGACCACAGAUGUAAGCUAUGGUACUACCCUAUUGAUAAUCAAUUUGAACCAUUGCUCAUUUUGAAGUAUUCUUGCCAAAUCCUUGAAAUUCCUCCCACCAGCCAUAACUGAACCUGAGCAUAGAACCAUAAGAUGGAUCAUUUUCAUAUGCUCAUCCAAGUUGAGAUGUUAAUUUGCUUUGCUGACCUUCAAGAAAUUGGAUGUCCCAGGUUAGGGUGGGAUGGCUCUGUCUUACAGUUAGAAUGUAAAAAAAUUUACAUUGCCAACUCCUUCUAUUCAGGGUAAAUUUAUAUUGUCAUCUCCUAUUCAGAAUCGAUAAGAAAAUUUGCAGUUAAAAUUCUGACCACAACCUGCAGUUUAAAAAAAAAACGAUUUACAUCAGAUCUUGUCAUUAAGGAAUGAUCUACAUCACAUUGUUUCUGGAAAUAAUCAAAUCACUACAUAGUCACAUGCCUCUCAAGAGACAAUGGGGGGUGGCUGGGGGUUGACUUCUGGGCAUUACUGAUUGUAAUGUAAAAUCUUGUGUCAAGAAAAACUGGUCCCUUUGUUCAGGGAGAUCUCUUGACGUGGUUGACCAAGCAUUGCGAAGAGUGCUAAGGGUUCCCUCCAAAGCUUGUACUUGCUUAACAGAAGUUGGCAUAUUGCAGUUGCAUCAAGUAUGUAAGAAUCUAAAGACCAUCCUUUUGCAUAUGAGGUUAGGCAGUGAAACUGGGAAUGCCAUUUGUUCACUGCAGCAUUGGUAAAUAUAGGGAUAUUGUUCUCAAAUGCAGUGGAGAGAUUUUGCUCUUCAGUGUUUUUGUAUUGUAAAAGUUUUGUCCAGUACAAUGUUACAUGCCAUUGUAAUAUACCACCCAUUUAUUUUAUGAAAAUACUCUUGUACACAAGAUGCUGUAACAAUCUGCUUACAUUCUGUAAAGAAAUGCUUGCAAUUUCAAAUGAUAAUUUAAAUCCUAGAACAGUCUCUGAACCUUUCAGUGAAGCUUCAAAUAUCUAUCAUUGAGACAAUAUGGGUUAACAUUUGCAAGUUCCAUCCUGGGAAUGUUGCUUAUUUACAGACAUUAAAUUUAAAAUAUUAAGAAAAUACAGAUAUCAUGUUAUUUACACAUUGACAAAACACUAAGCAGAACAAUGGACAGAGUUAGACCAAUAAGCAAAAUGGCUUCCGCAAAUUGUAAUUUUAAUCAGCUCAACACUUUCUGCUUCAUUUGGUUUAACAAACUUUGUCCAACCAUCAUUCAGAAUAGAAGCUUUGGAUUUGAGGGAGUCUCACCUCUGACAAAACUUUUAAGGUGCUUUAGACAGAGAAACAAACACAUCUUAAUGCACUUCGAGUUGGCAAACUGCUAAUUAUAAUGAUUCACAUUCUAAAUUUAUUUCCACAGAAAUACACAAAUAUUUACUUGAACAAUAUAUUUUCUCAAUUUAAAUUUAUAUUUACUCACACAAUACUCUGCAAAACCAAUGCUAAUACUUGUUUAUGUUAUUGUAUUUUUCCAUCCAUUAGUGUAAAGUAUAGGAUAGUUACUUGAAUGUUUUUUUGUAAUUAAAGUUUGCAAUUGUUUAAUUUUAAUGGAUUCACAACCUUGGUCGAAUGAGUCAGAUUGGUGACUUCUAAGUCUUUUGCCCUUUUAGUUGAUGAACUGACCUCCUUGCAUAAUGUAGGUUAGUCUUUGAUUAUUAAAUGCAAAAACACAAAAGAAUUGACUGUUGUGAUUCAAAGCCCGUGUGGUGGAGGGAAGAGUUCAGGAGAAACGGGGAUGAGACAUUGUAAUCAGGUGGUUAGUACUGAAAUAUAUUUAGAAAAAUAAACAUUUUUGACACUGGU